AUGCGCAUUCCCAGACAUACACUUAACAUUUCAGACUUCGGAGGAGAACGGGUAAUUACCAGCUAUUACGUUCAGGCGAUCAUUAGCCGAAUCUCGUUGUCUACAAAGGCGGCGCAGCGCCGUAGGGUGGCCAUUAAAAUCAUCAAGAAAAGCGCGAUCGAAAGUCAUCAAGAUCUGCUGCGCAUUCGAAGGGAAAUUCGAAUCAUGUCAGCACUGAAGCAUCCGAACAUCAUCGAGAUAAAGGAAGUGUUCGAAAAUGCUGAAAAGAUCAUCAUCGUGAUGGAGAACGCUAGUCGAGGCGAACUGUACGACUAUCUGAACAACGGGGGGCCUCUGAUGGAGCAUGAGGUACGUCGCAUCUUCCGUCAGAUCGUCUCCGCCGUCUUCUAUUGCCACAAGCACCACGUCGCCCAUCGGGACCUGAAGCUGGAGAAUAUCCUGCUCGACGACCACAUGAACGCGAAGAUCGCCGAUUUUGGUCUUUCCAACUACUUCAAUGGCAUUAACUUGCUGCACACGUUCUGCGGCAGUCCGCUCUACGCGUCGCCAGAAAUCAUCAAUGGCAUUCCGUACAAGGGACCCGAAGUCGACUGCUGGAGUCUCGGUGUUUUGCUGUACUCGUUGGCUUACUCGUCCAUGCCAUUCGACGGCCGAGACUUCAAUCGCAUGAUCAGGCAAAUAAAGCGUGGUGUUUAUUAUGAGCCUGACCCACCGUCAACCGCAUCGAUGCUAAUUCGAAUCAUGCUACGGGUAAAUGCAGACCGCAGGGCAACCAUUGACGAGAUCGCUGACCACUGGUGGUUGAAUUUCGACCAGGAGAACCGGCCGAUAAAAGACCUUCCAGAAAAUCAGGCUAUAUUGUUGUAG